CUCAUAUAUUUUUCACGCAUAUUUUGUGAGCAGCUUUUCUGUGUUUUGCUUGUUGCAUUGCGCACAAAGCGGUUGCGAACCAAUUUGUUUGAUCAAUGAUUGUGUUGUUUGCUGUGCGAAGUGAAGGAAUUUGCUGAUUUUUGCUGUGAAGGAAUUUUCUUUUGUGUAAACUCGAUUUAGUUUCAUAAAUAGGCGAACUCAUGGAGCCGAACAACGCGGGCGAUGCAUCAGCUGCAGCUGUUAACAUACGGCCAAAGAAUAUCUAUGGAUUGCGCACGGAUGUGGUGGGUAAUAUACACUUUAAUCUAUAUCAGGAAGUCAUCUAUCCUGUGGAAGGUGUGUUGGCGUUCCAUGACUAUGUGAGCAAUAAGCAGAGAUUUCUCAGACUGCCAGAAGGCAUAUAUCCGGAGUACAUAGCGAUGAGUGUGCAGCGCAAAUUGUUGGCGAUUAUUGAAACGUGCCCCAAAGUUGGCACCUCGAUCUCCAUCUAUGAUUUGACAACACUCAAGAAACGACGAAGCUUGCCAUUUCCGAAUGCCAACGCCAAAGCAGCAUUUAUGGCGUUCACCUGUGAUGCCAAAACGAUUGUGCUCCUCACCAAACCACCUGAGGAGACCUUAUAUAUGCUAAUGCUGGACAAGAGCGGCACUGUGAUCGAGGCGCGACCCACGGCGAAUAUGGCAAGAGGCAAUGUCGAAUGUUUGGCUUGCAAUCCGCAAGAUCAUUGCCUUAUAUCCGUAGCCGGUGACGGUGUGUUGCUCUUAAUGACCAAGUCCGAGAAGGGCAUAAGCAUUAGCAAUAACAUUAAAGUCGACUUCCAUACCACUUCGAUCGCCUACAUUGCCUCGGAUUUGAUAUUGAUCGGCACCAGUCACAAUGAACUGCUGCUGAUAGAGAACGGCGAGAUAAAACAAAGGCAGAAGGCAUACGAUGCCGAUCUUAUCGAUAUUAUAUGGGACCAAGAUCUGUUGAACAAAGAGUUGGAACAUAAGAUAAUGACCGACAAAAAGCUCACCGAUCAACGUGUCUUGUGUCUGACCGCAUUUCCACGAGGUUUCGCUUUUGUCAUGUUCAAUAAGGUGUUCGUUUUCGAGCGUGUCUCCAAAUUUAAAUUGGAACGAAAGACUGUGCUAACUAUACCCAUAGGAUUCGCGCCAGAGCAAACUUAUCAAAUUACAAAUAUGGCGAUUUGCUCGCGUCAAGAGACGGUCAUUGUGACGACUAAGCAUGCGCAGAUCUAUGUGGGCAUCUUGAUUGUGCCGGAGACAUUGAAGGCCAAGCAAUUGCAAUUUCAGCCGCUUGGCGCAUGGAUCCAUCUCGCCGAGAUCACCAGCAUGUCGGUUUGUGCCUGGAAGCCGAUCAUUAUGACGGCGUCACGUGAUCAGACUGUGCGCAUUUGGAAUUACGAAACAGAGAAGGUCGAAUUGGUGCGUAAGUUUCAGGUGGACGUGAAUAUCGUAGAGCUGAAUUCGACCGGUUUGAUGGCCGCCAUUGGAUUCUCGGACCAGCUGCGCAUCACACAAAUAUUCAUGGACGAAUUGAAUAUUGUGAAAACAUACAACUUUCCACGCUGCAAGGAUGUCAAAUACUCGAAUUAUGGUCAUUUCAUGGCCGCCGCCUAUGACAAUAUCAUCAGCAUAACCUCUGUUUACAAUUUAGACAUUUUAAAGCAAUUAAAGGGACACAAUGGCAUAGUACUCUCUUUAGCUUGGACCGGCACGGACAAAUAUCUUAUAUCGGGUGGCGCUGAGGGCGCGAUCUAUCAGUGGGACGUUGAAACGGGUACACGCGUGCAGGAGAUUGUGCAGAAGGGCACCGAGUACCGUUCGGUCUGCUGCACCUUCAACGAACCACUCUCCAUCUAUGCGGCAACAAACUUUGGCGUGCUGCGCGAGUUCCAGAAUUCAGAAAUCGUACGUGAGAUCGUUGUACCCUCCAAGGUGCGUGCGCCACUGACAGAUAUGUGCCUGUCACGUUCGGAUCUCAUUAUGUUUGUGGGCAAUGAAUACGGUGACUUAUUCAACAUACAACUGCCAUUCAUGGAUGCUGGGGGCGCUUCUUGUACGCUCUUUCGUUUCUUCACGAGUCAAAUCAACAAACUCUUCUUCUCGUAUGACGGCACGCUGCUAUUAGCGAUCUCAAAGAAUGGCACGCUGGCGAUAUGGGCGAUGGACAAUAUCGACGGUAAAGUCGCCUCAAUGGAUGCCGAUUUGCUGCGCAGUCAAGAAGUACUUAUACCACGCAACAUAUUACAUGAGAAGAACGAGCAAAUCACAAACUUGGAGAUACGUUUGCGACAGCAAGCCGAAGAGUUUCAAUAUCAGCUGAGCCAGAAUGAGAUCUUUGAUGGCCAGCAGCUGGCCGAAGUGCAUCGUAGCUAUUGUCAAGCGCUCGAAGAGCUGAAGAAGAAAAACAACGAGAUUGAGCAAAGACACGCCGAAGAGAUGAAUCAGGUUACAUUCCAAAUAAAUGAUCUACGUGACGAGCACAAAAAGCAAUUGAAUAACUUAGCGGAUCAAUAUUCGGAACGCAUGUUGAUUGAAUACCAGAAGUUUAGCAAUUUGCGAGACAGUAUGUUGGCGUUACGCGAGAAUUAUGAGAACAAAUUGAAGACUUCUGCGGGCAUACUGCAGGACACAGUGGAGGGAUUAGAAACAGACUACAAACGGCAGUUGGACGAACGUAAAGAGUUGAUACGUGGUCUUAUGAAAGAGAUGCAGGACAAGAAGAUCGAAUUCUUCGAAUACUGUCGUCGAGUAGAGGAGGAGAAUGAUCGGAAUAUGGUGGAGAUGCAAUUGCAGUAUGAAAACAAACUGAACAACGAACAGAACUCAACACAGUUGUGGCGCGGCAAAUCAGGCGUUUUAGAGAAACGAUAUCAAACACUAAGCAAUGACAUUGAGAAAUUGCUCGAGGAGGUGGACACAUUAAAAGAAGAACAUAAUAAAUCACAGAAGAACAUCACACGCUUAACGCGUUCUAUUGACGACUUGCUUAAGGACAUUUCCGAUCGUGACUACGCCAUUAACGCCAAGGAGAAACGCAUACAAGAACUGCUGCAUAAGAAUCAGGAAUUGGACAAAUACAAGCAAGUGCUAUCGCAUAAAAUCGCCGAACUCAAGGCGCAAAUAGAACCACGCGAGUUCCAAAUUAAUGAUAAACGGAAACAUAUACUCGAAAUGGAAAAUGAAUUGGAGGGUUUGAAUCAGAACAAUAUACAAUUGGAGCUACAACUAAAAGAACUGAAGGACAAGUACCUCAGUAAUGUGGAAGAGCUGAAAGUGGAGCGGCAUCGAUCGCGCGCUGGUAGAGAGUGUAUUACCAGCAUUUGUAGCGAAAUCUAUCACGUCGCGGCAUUUGUAGAUUCACCAAAGCGAUUGCAGGUGAAGGUUAAGGAGUUGUUCCAGCGUCAUGCAAGUGAUGAUGAACUUAAAAGACAUAUCUCAUUGGAUGCCGAGGUGCGUGAUGAAUUUCAGCGACAACGUGCACAAAUCGAGCGCAUAUUGAAAAUUCACAAAGAACGUAAGCCAACUCAAGACGAGACGAAGAAAUAUGAAAAGCUUUUCAAAGAAAAUGUGAUCCUUCUUAGUGAAGUCGAAAAAUUACGCGAGGAAAAUGUCCAAAUGCGCAAUCGUUUGAAGAAGGACAUGGCAAAACAAAAAACAACAGUAAAACCGAAUUCUUAACUAUUUAUAGUCCACUUUUGAUAUAAAUUCUUUAGAACUGACG